GUCAUAAGGAUUGAGCCCCCAUAUUUACAAGCUGAACCUCUCUGGCCCCCCCCCCCCCUCUCUCUCUCUCUCUCUCUCUCUCUCUGAGCCAUCGAAACCUAAGCAACGCCCUUCCAUGUUCUUCACGAUCAUCUAAACCAGGAUCGUCGCGAACUUUCAUGGAGUUUGGGGUUGAUGGAACUAUUAAUGGUGAGGUCUUGAGAAAUUCUGCUGACUUGGACGUUAGUAGAGUAGGUGAUGAAAAUGAAACAGCUGGAAGUUCUAUUGAAGGGGUAUUUCAACAUGAUCAUGAUGAAAAAAUGAUUCUAGAUUCCUCAGGAAGGGAUAUACUUCCAACAGGAGCGCCUGCAAUGUCAAUGGUGUCAGCAGAUGAGCCCUAUGUGGGGCAGGAAUUUGAAUCUGAAGCAGCUGCACAUGCAUUUUACAAUGCAUAUGCUACUCGUGUUGGAUUUAUAAUCCGCGUAAGCAAACUAUCUCGGUCAAGGCGUGACGGAUCUGCAAUUGGUCGUGCACUUGUUUGUAACAAAGAGGGUUAUAGAAUGCCUGACAAACGUGAAAAAAUUGUAAGGCAAAGAGCGGAGACAAGGGUUGGUUGCCGGGCAAUGAUUUUGGUGCGGAAAGUAACUUCUGGUAAAUGGGUUGUUACAAAGUUUGUUAAGGAGCAUGCUCAUCCUUUGACACCUGGAAAAGGUCGUAGGGAUUGCAUUUAUGAUCAAUAUCCGAAAACAAUAUUACUUUGGAUUCUAGAGAGCACCAAGAAAAGUGUCUUCAACUGUUCAAUUGGCAUUGGCCAUAAUUAUAAUGAACAUGACAAGAUCAGAGAAUUAUCACAGCAGUUGGCUGUAGAGAAAAAGCGAGCUGCAACCUAUAAAAGACAUCUAGAACUGAUAUUUGAGCACAUCGAGGAGCACAACGAAACCUUAUCAAAAAAGAUUCAACACAUAGUAGACAGUGUGAAGGAGAUGGAAACCAAAGAGCAGCAAGGCCAUAGAUAGUUGCAGCUAAAAUUGCCCCCAAUUUUUUUCUUUUUUGUCUGAUAACAUGUCGAUUUGGGAAUGGUACGAAGGACAGUGCUGGUGAAGGGGCUCAUUAUUUUGAUUUGAAUUUUGGCUAAAUACUAGGUGCUUUUGUUCCAGCUUUUAGGUGUCCGGUUAGUUUAUAGCUUGAAAAUGUUUGGUCCAAUGGCAUUCAUUGGAAUAUUUUGUAAAAACGAUGCUCCAAUUUCUUGAAAGAAAUGAGUAGUAGUAGAAGAAAGUAGGUUAGUCAUGUAUAGUUCCAUUGAGCCCAUUGUCGGGGAAAAAAGUUGUUAGAUGACUGAAAAGGAGGCAUUUGGAUGUCCCAUGCAUUGCAUUGUGUCUCUCAUGUGGAAUUUGAUAAGUUUUAUAUCUGUAUAGCAUUUUAAUAUUGUUUCUCUCUUCA